UGACGAAAUAUAUUUAAUUUCAAAGUAAAGUAUUCUUGUAACUUUCAUAUUUUGAACUUCGCGUUGCGACCUAUUUCAGAAAUCCAAUGCUUUAAUUUUUUAAGUGUUUGUUAUGUAUAAUAGUUUAGUGAAGUACGGUGUUAGCAAAAAUAUAGUUUCUGAUGGAGAAAUUGUUUUUUCUAAAACCUUAACGGAUGUCACGACUGUUCAGAUCUCAUCUUUUGAAACUCGUAGGCGGAAGUUCUCAUCCUAAAAUGCGUGUCAAUUUAAGCUCAAAUAUGACAACAGUCCGCGCACAAAUUGUUAAUUUCUCAUCUAUUUCCAUGAAACCAUAUUUAUUUCUUCAACAAGACUGUCCUAUUAAUUUUAAAAAGACAAAAAUACUUAACAAAAUGGCAAUUACAAAGUAAACCUUUACUUUGAAAGUAACAAGCAGGAAAACCUGGUCGUAAUCUUUGCUACCUUUACGCGGAUGCUGUGGAAAUUUGACAAUAAACAUCAUAUGCUGCCGACAGAACGAUCUCUGAAAGCCCUUUCUCUAAACUGAUCUCCCUUUGGUAAGAUCAAUGCUACAGUUACACCAAUAAGGUGUCGUUUAAGCUUUGCAUGAACUGACUGCUGUUUCGAUCGGAAGAAAUGGAGCAUAUCCGAACGCCAAAGGUGGAGCAGGUUCGCCUGCUGGACCGCUUCAGCAGCAAGUCGACGAGCGGCACGCUGUACCUAACGGCCACACACCUCAUCUUCGUGGAGAGCAGCCCAAGCAGCCCCUCAUCUGCAGCACAGGAAAUAUGGGUCCUGCACCACCACAUAGCCUCGGUGGAGAAGCUGUCCCUCACCACCACAGGCUGCCCGCUGGUUAUCCAGUGCCGGAACUUCCGCGUGGUCCACUUUGUUCUCCAGCGGGAGCGCGACUGCCACGACAUCUACAGCUCCCUGCUGCGCCUGCUCCGACCCGUCGCCUAUGAGGAGCUCUAUGCGUUCUCGUACAACCCCAAGCAGAACGACCAGCAGCGGGAGGAAGGCUGGCAGCUCAUUGACCUGGGGGCGGAGUAUGAGAGGAUGGGUGUCCCCUGCGACCAAUGGCAGCUCACCGACGUCAACAGAGACUUCAAGGUGUGCGAGACGUAUCCGCGGGACCUGUACGUCCCCAUCACGGCCAACAAACCCAUCAUCGUGGGGAGCUCCAAGUUUCGCAGCAAGGGCCGUUUCCCCGUGCUCACGUACUUCUACCAGGAGAAGAAGGCGGCGGUGUGCCGGUGCAGUCAGCCGCUCUCCGGCUUCAGCGCCCGCUGCCUGGAGGACGAGAGCAUGCUGCAAGCCAUCAGCAAGGCAAAUCACAACAGCCGCUUCGUCUACGUCAUGGACACCAGGCCCAAGCUCAAUGCACUAGCCAACCGUGCGGCGGGGAAAGGCUACGAGAACGAGGACAACUACUCCAACAUCCGCUUCCAGUUCGUGGGCAUUGAGAACAUCCACGUCAUGAGGGCCAGUCUGCAGAAGUUGCUAGAAGUUAUCGGGAAUCGCUCUCUGUCCAUGAGCGACUACCUGAUGGGAAUCGAGGGCUGUGGUUGGCUACGACAUGUCAAGGCAGUGGUCGAUGCCGCCAUUUUCCUCACCAAGGCAGUGACUGUAGAGGGCGCCAGUGUACUAGUGCACUGUUCAGACGGCUGGGACAGGACGGCGCAGGUGUGCUCCCUGGGAGCCCUGCUCAUGGACCCCUACUACCGCACCAUCAAGGGCUUCAUGGUACUGAUCGAGAAAGACUGGAUCUCAUUUGGUCACAAAUUUGCAGACAGGUGUGACCAGUUGGACGGGGACCCUAAAGAGGUGUCCCCCGUCUUCACACAGUUCCUGGAGUGUGUUUGGCAGCUCACAGAGCAAUUCCCACAGGCGUUUGAGUUCAGCGAGUGGUUCCUGCUGCAGAUCCACGAGCACGUGCACUCGUGCCAGUAUGGCAACUUCCUGGGGAACAACCAGCGGCAGAGAGAGGAGCUGCAGCUGAGGGAGAAGACCCACUCUCUGUGGGCCUUCCUGAUGGAAGAGCAGCAGAACUACCAAAACCCUUUCUACAGCAGCGCCUACGGGAAGACACACCCUGUUCUGGAGCCUUCCACCCUGCCCUACCACUUCAAGUUCUGGAGGAACAUGUACCAUCAGUUCGACAGGUCCAUGCACCCCCGCCAAUCCAUCCUGAAGACCAUACACACUCUGAAGGAGACGAGCCUGAAGAGCGCGCAGACGCUUCGCGCCCUGGAGAACGAGCUCCAGCAGCUGGGCGUGACCCCGGUGGUGACCUCCGCCCCGCCGCCCGCCCCGUCCCCCUCCCCUCCUCCCCCGAGCCGGGAGCAGCAGCAGCAACGCUCCCUGACCAACGCCAACCCCGCCCCCCCGCGCCCCAACUCUCUCAUCCUGGGGGCCCCCCAGGUCAGCCGCAAGGAGGCCCAGCAGGAUGAAGAGAAACAGCAGCAGCAGCAGGAGAGGGAGGAGGAGGAGGAGGAGGAGGAGGUGGGAGAGGAGGCCACGGAGAGCACCGACACGGACCGGACAGUAGAGGGCAGCAGCGGCACCGAUAGCAGGAAGCAGAGCUACGGCGAGCUGGAAGGGUCAUACGAGGACGGCGACGAGAUGCCGAAGGAGGAGCCGGCCGUGGUCAGCCUGGAGUUCGGCAUGGCUCGGAUGACCUGCUGAGACCAACUCAAGGGGGGAUCGGGGGGACAGGCAAGAUGGAUGUGUGUGUGAGUGUGUGGGUGUAUGCGUGUGCGUGUGUGAGGGCACAUGCCCAUGUGCGCUUGUGUCGGGAAUCUUGAGUACAUGAUAACAUUGUGAUUGGGCUGACAGGCUGAGUAAGGAUGAUAGGAAGCGUACGUCGACUGUAUAGUAUAAAUCUCUAUUAUAUGCCGCAUUAUUAUGGCAUUUACUGCACUCGGACAAAUAACUUGUUUUUUUAUUCAUGUCAAAUGCACUAUAGAUAAUUAAUGAACAAAGUAAGAGAAUAAAUGAUUAUAACAAUGAUAAUAUAAAGGCAUUUCUUUUGUUUUUAUGUUAAAGUUGUAUCCGAUUUUA